GGCGCGACGGCCAAUGAGCGCGCCGAGGACCGGCGGGCCAGCUCGCGGGCGGCAGCGGAGCUUCUUCGACGCCGCCGCGGCCUGUGCUGCAGAGUCGGGAACGACGACGUGCGACGUGCGACGCGCGGGUCUCCUCAGAGCCAUGUCUAGGCGGGAACCCGCAGCCAACGCUUCCUCCUCGGGCGUUGCUCCCCGGCGAAGCUCGACGGGGUCCCGCGGCGCGGAGCGGACGGCGGCGGAGGAGCCGAGCCGGAGAGGCCGGGUCGGUAGCAGGAGGGCGGGCGGCGGCUGGAGAGAGCCUGCGGGGGCCGCUGCCGAGGCCACGGCCGCCGCCAGCCGCCGCGAACCGCCGCUCUGCUUCGGGGUGAAGAACGACGUGGUGGGCGCGGUGAUAGGUCGUGGUGGGUCAAAAAUUAGAGAAAUCCAAAAUACAACAAACACUAGAAUACAGGUAAUAAAAGGAAAUCCUGAGGCAGAAAUCAAAAUUUUUGGCAAUAAAGCCAUGCAAACAAAAGCAAAAACAGUGAUAGAUAAUGUUGUUAAAAAACAACAAAAUUACAUUCCAGGACACAGAGUUGAUAUUAUUGCAUUCCAACCUUCUGUUGGAACAGAUACCAGUACAAGUGACAGUGUAACAGAAGAUCAGCCAUUGAUAGAUUGGGAUCAAAUUCGAGAAGAUGCUUUGAAAUGGGAAAAGAAAAAGUGGGCAGAUUUACCUCCAAUUAAGAAAAACUUUUACAUAGAGUCAGCAACGACAAGCUCAAUGUCACAAGUGCAGAUAGACAACUGGAGGAGAGAAAAUUUUAAUAUAACAUGUGAUGACUUGAAAGAUGGUGAGAAACGUCCUAUCCCCAACCCUAUAUGUAAAUUUGAAGAUGCCUUUCAAAGUUACCCAGAAGUGAUGGAAAAUAUUAAAAGAGCAGGCUUUAAAAAACCUACACCAAUUCAGUCACAGGCGUGGCCAAUAGUUCUACAAGGAAUAGAUCUUAUUGGAGUAGCACAAACUGGAACAGGAAAGACACUGUCCUAUUUAAUGCCCGGAUUUAUCCAUCUAGACUCUCAACCACUAGCUAGAGAACAAAGAAAUGGACCAGGCAUGUUAGUCCUUACACCCACCCGGGAAUUAGCCCUUCAAGUAGAAGCUGAAUGUUCUAAGUAUUCAUAUAGUGAUCUUAAAAGUGUUUGUGUAUAUGGUGGUGGCGAUAGAGAUGGACAAAUACAAGAUGUUUCAAAAGGUGUAGACAUCAUUAUUGCAACUCCUGGAAGAUUGAAUGACCUACAAAUGAAUAACUUUGUCAACCUGAAAAGUGUAACCUAUUUGGUUUUAGAUGAAGCAGACAAGAUGCUGGACAUGGGAUUUGAACCCCAGAUAAUGAAGAUUUUGUUAGAUGUACGUCCCGACCGGCAGACUAUUAUGACAAGUGCUACUUGGCCAUAUGCUGUCCGCCGCCUUGCACAGUCUUAUUUGAAAGAGCCAAUGAUUGUCUAUGUUGGUACAUUGGAUCUAGUUGCUGUUAGUACAGUGAAGCAAAAUAUAAUCAUCACCACAGAAGAAGAGAAACGAACUCACAUCCAAACUUUCCUAGAGAAUAUGUCACCUAAAGAUAAAGUCAUCGUCUUUGUCAGCAGAAAAGCUGUUGCUGAUCACUUAUCAAGUGACCUGAUCCUCCGACACAUAUCAGUAGAGUCUCUGCAUGGCAACAGAGAACAGAGUGACCGAGAGAAAGCAUUAGAGAACUUUAAAACAGGUAAAGUGAGAAUACUCAUCGCUACUGACUUGGCAUCUCGAGGUCUUGAUGUCCAUGAUAUCACUCAUGUCUACAAUUACGAUUUUCCACGGAACAUUGAAGAAUAUGUACACAGAGUAGGACGUACUGGGAGAGCAGGGCGGACCGGCAUGUCAAUUACUCUUGUCACAAGAAAUGAUUGGAGGGUUGCCACUGAAUUGAUUAAUAUUCUGGAAAGAGCAAAUCAGAGUAUCCCAGAGGAACUUGUCUUAAUGGCUGAGAGAUACAAAGCAAAUAAACUAAAAAGAGAGAUGGAAAAAAAAUUGGGAAGACCUCAAGGAAAGCCACAGAAGUUUUACUAAACGUCUAGUGUAGCACUAGCGUGCCACAGGAUUCAAGAUUUUAUUCAAAGUGGAAUUGUUGAAAUGUAUAUCAAUAUGAAGAGACAAGGCUGAUUCUUAAAAUAAUAGUGUUUUUAAUUGUAGAAUUCAAUGUUUUGUACUUUCUUUAAUAAAAAUCAUAGUUUUUAA